AUGCCCAUGCCGUUGGUUCCUGCAAAUAGCUCUACUAGCCCAUCCUCAACCAGUGCACCCCUUAUCAAUUCUACGCCAAACAGCGCUAGUUCAACACCCACAAGUAAUUCUUUAUCAACUAGUGUCAGCUCAACAGUAUCGACCAAUACAAAUUCUUCAUCAAGCAUCACUAGCUCUACAACAUCAACCAGUUCAAAUUCUUCGUCAAGCAUCCUUAAUCCUUCAAUGCCAAGUAAUACAAACUCUUCAUCAAGCAGUACUAACACUACAACAUUAACCAGUUCAAAUUCUUCGUCAAGCAUCCUUAACCCUGCAGGACCAAGCAAUAUAGAUUCUUCAUCAAGCCAAACUAACUCUACAACAUUAACCAAUUCUAAUUCUUCAUCGACCAUCCUUAAUCCUGCAGGACCAAGCAAUAUAGAUUCUUCAUCAAGUGCCAGCACUAGUCCAACAUCAUCCAGUGCCAGCACUACUUUAGCGUCAUCUAGUGCCAGUACUAGUCCAAAAUCAUCGAGUACCAGCACUGAUUCAGCAUCAUCUAGUGCCGGCAAUACUUUAGCGUCAUCGAGUACCAGCACUAAUUCAGCAUUAUCCAGUGCCAGUACUAGUCCAACAUCAUCGAGUACCAGCACUAGUUUAGCAUCAUCCAGUGCCAGUACUACUUUAGGGUCAUCUAGUGCCAGCAGUGAUUCAGCAUCAUCCAGUGCCAGCACUACUUUAGCGUCAUCUAGUGCCAGCACUAGUCUAACAUCAUCUAGUGCCAGCGCUGACUCAGCAUCAUUCAGUGCUAGCACUAGUCCAACAUCAUCUAGUGCGAGCACUAGUUCAGCAUCAUCUAGUGCCAGCUCAAAAGCACCCGCUACCAGUUCAGUAUCAAGUAGUAGUAGCUAUAAAUUAACUACUAUUAGUUCUACAUCAAGUACUGCUGCUAGCAGUUCGUCAACAUGGCAUUGGAAUGGUAUACCAGGCAAUUACCCUUAUGGAUAG